CAAAAAUACUAUGAUUGUGCGGAGGCAAGGUUUCCGUAACAGUGUAACCUUUUAUAUGACUACGAGGGGAUCCAAAAAUGUCGACCAGUUCUACUCUAAGCAACUAUUAUGUGGACUCUAUAAUGGGACACGAGGCGGAAGACGUGUACGGAGCGCGUUAUGUCCAGAGCCCGCUCUCGGCGGCCGCUAGGCCGUCAGGUGUAGGGGAAAAUGCGGAUUUUUCCUCCUGUAGCUUUGCUCCCAAGACAGCCGUGUUCCCCACGUCCUGGUCCUCAGUUCAUCCGCCGUCCACGGCUACGGUGUCCGGAAUUUAUCAUCCGUACGUGCACCAGUCCCAUAUUGCAUGUGCAGAUAACAGAUACGUGCGUUCCUGGGUAGAUCCAAUCUCGAGCCACAUCUCCUUUUCCGGCUUCCAUUCGAGUAGUCGUCAGUGCGGGACAAAGGCGGAAACUUUACCGCCGAAAAGGACCGAGAGCUCUGCGUUCGGCCCUGACACUCCGGCGGCCCCAGACUACAGCUGUAGCGCCCUGGCCGAGCGUGUACAGAAAGCUAACAAAGAUACCGCUGACAACGAUAUUUCCAACCAAAGCGAGCCCAAAGACGAGAAACAUCAACAACAACAACUUGACCCAAGCAACCCAGCAGCAAACUGGAUUCAUGCACGUUCAACGAGAAAGAAACGAUGUCCAUAUACAAAAUACCAAACACUGGAACUGGAAAAGGAAUUUCUUUAUAACAUGUAUUUGACGAGAGAUCGCCGUUACGAAGUUGCACGAAUUCUGAAUUUGACCGAGAGGCAGGUGAAGAUCUGGUUCCAGAACAGACGAAUGAAAAUGAAGAAGAUGAACAGAGAGCGGGGUAGCCAGGAGCCUCAGUGAAUAAUACUGCGGGCAGCUCGCCGCUCCAAGUGUCCUCUAUGUAUAUGAGUAAUAUGUUACGUUUAGAUCGAGGGUGUUGCAGCCUCGUUGGUUUAUGUUCUUUCUGUGUCUUUGUCAAAUUAUUCUAUGGAAAUACACAAGCUUACAUUCUGA